CGCUUCCUCCACUCACCUCUCAUCACCAGCCACGCAGCGCCUGCCAGCCGGCUGAUGGCCGCCAGCGAGUCUGGCGCAGAUGCAGCGGCGCCCAGCGCUGCCCGCAGCUUCGCCGCGCUCGCCGUGCCGGCCCACUCGCCGCCGCCGACGGUGAGCGUCACGCCCGCUCCCUCUCCGCCCUCGCGUCCGCCGUUGGGCGCAGCCUCUGCCGCUUCCUCUGCGGCGCCGUCGCCCGCCGCUUCCUUCAUCCUGCAGCGGCCCGCCAAUGCCGCCGCGCCGCGUCUCUCCUCGGCCGCACACUCCUCCCUCGCCGUCGCGCUGGCCCGCCCACCGCCACUCGUGCGCCGCACGCUGAGCGGCAGCAAGGGCGCCGGCACGUCUGCCGAGCUCAGCGAUGCCGUCGCCACUGGCGCCUCUGGCUCGCUGCUACUCAGCGUGGACAGUGAGAGCGAGGGAGCGCCGAGCGCCGGCGCUGAACUGUCUGCGCCCGAGGAAGCGCGCCCGGGCUUGACGUCGCUGCCGUCCGCCAGCGGCUCAGACCUGGCUUCGCGCCUGCGCCACGCCAUCGAGGGCGAGCUGCCAAACGUGAGCGUCGACGAAGCAGAGGGCUCGAGCGAGGCGGACACAGAUCGCGAGCCGGCCGGUCGGUCUUCCCACGAAGCGGCGCAAGACUCCGGCGUCGCGCAGGCACCAAGUCUGGCCGCGUCUGAUGCCGAGCCCGCGCCGGUGACAGGGCAGCAGGCCGCUUCGGUAGCCGAGGGCAGCUCGAGCGAAGAGCCAAGUGCGGGCACAGGCUGGGGAUGGUCGACGCUCACGACGCUGCCGACUAUGCCGCCGUCGCUCAAGAUCAGCGCGCCCUCGCUGAAGCGAUUGGGCCUCGGCGGAUACUCUGCCUCGAGCGAGGCGAGUGACACUUCUUCGAUCGAUUCCGCUCCUGGUCCGAGCGGUCUGCGGAGGUGGUGGGGCGCUCCCAGCCCAGUGAGCUCUGAGACAACGGUCGCCGAGCAGGCAUCCUCCCCUUCGGCAGCGGCAUCGAGCGCACAGCCGCCGCAACCAAAACUGCCGCGCGGCUCGUUUCCCGUGUCGAAGCCGCGCAAGAAGAGCAGUGCUGCGCAAUCGUCCGCGGGCGAGAGCAGGAGCGGGCGCGCCGAAGCAUCGUCUUCUCGCACGCCUGUCGACGCUGCCGAUGUAGAGGCGCAGGCAAAGGCAAAGGCUCGCGAAGAGAGGCGGAGACGGAGAGAGCUGGAGAAGGUGCGGGAGGAGGAGAACAUCAGCGAGACUGACUUGUCUGAUCCGCAUGCCCUUGGAGCAAUCCUGCCGCCAGGCGACGGAGACCCACCAGAUCCGUCGUCCUCACAGCCUCGCUUUCCUGAACGGCAGUACUAUGUGCUCUCAGCCGCUGGCAAGCCCGUCUACGUCUCUACGCUCACGAGCGCCCGGUUGGCUCGCGCCGAAGCAGCCACUGCGCUCAGACGCAAGCAAGACCCGUCCGCUGACGGGCCGUCAGAGGAGCUCGCGGCGCUGCUCAAGGAGCAUGAGGCAGCGGAUGAUCUGGAGGACGAGGCGGCGACGAUGCGAGUGGCAGUCAUGCAGGCGCUUGUGUCCAACUACGCCGGCGUGGGCGGCAAUAAGCUGCAAGAGGCAUCGCGGGAGGUGCUCGAGCUGGCGCCACGAGAGCAAGUGACGUAUCUGCUGCGUCCGCCGCUCUAUCUCGUCUGCAUCUCGGCGUGGGGCGAGGCCGAAAGCACGCGACGCAGCCAUCUCGAGUAUCUGCACUUCGCCAUCGUCUCGCUAGUCUCUGGCAGUCAACUGAGCAGGCUCUUUGCGCGUGCGGCCAACUUCGACUUGCGCCGCUUGCUCGAAGGCACCGAUGGGCUGCUCGACUCGCUCGUGCGCCGUCUGCAGAAGGAUCCUGCUGUGCCGCUGGGCGCGCUGCAGCCUCUGCGCCUGCUGCCGGCGCUGCGCGACGAUGUCGGCUCACUCCUCGGCCCCGCCCGCGGCACCGAGCGUCCCAAGGAUGUGCUGUACGUCUUGCUUCUGGCCCGACAGCGCAUCGUGACGCUUGCGCGCCCACGGCGACACUCGGUGCAUCCCGUCGACUGCCAGCUGCUCAUCAACACCGUGUACGGCACAAAGGCGCUGCGCGAGAGCGGCACUGAGAGCUGGGUGCCCAUCUGCCUGCCCAAGUUUGCACCGCAGGGCUUCGUCUACGCGCAUGUCUCGUUUCUCGAUGCGAACGACGCAGAGGAAGCCGCGCUGGCAGAGGUGAAGCCGGGCGCUUCGGGCGGCGGCACGAGGCAGCCCGAUCUCGCCCUCGUGCUCGUGACGGGCAACCCGGGCGGCUUCUCAGAGCUCAGUGCGUGGCGCAAGAGCAUCCUGUCUUCAUUGCAGACCACCGGGCUGCUGCCGCGUCUUCUGGGCGCGCUGCCUGCGUCGCCGUACUCGGCAGACGACAUGGGCAUUGCCGGCCUGCGGCACUUCGUUUUCAAGUGGCGUGCCAAUGUGCAGCUCACGGCGCCGCGCUUCGAGGCGCCGUACGAGGCGGGCAGCGAGGCGCAGCAGCGCCUGCUGACGCUCUACAACGUCGCGCACGACGCCGUGCAUGGCCGUGCGCGCAAGGCGCGCGCCCGCGCGCGCGCGCAGGACGAGGAGCAGAGCGCCGCUGCUGCCGCCAAAGGCACGCCUGUCGUAGCAGCGAAAGCGCCAGAGGAGCCGAGACGAGGCGUGCCGACCUCCGUGCUGGCGUCCCACCCGCCGGCGCGCACAGGCGGCACCGCCAGCUCCUCGCAUUCACGGACCGCCUCCGACGAGCCAGCGGCGCCGGCCAGCAGCAGCACGCCGCAGAUGCACAUCUGCCGCACGGCGCACGAGGCCGUGCUGGCAUGGGUCACGCCGCCGUUUGAGCUGUACAUGGCCGCCGGGCCGAACCUGCCGCGCGGCGCCCUUGUGGCGGCGGCGUCGGCCGUGGCGCGCUGGGUCAAGGCGAAUGAGGCGGCGCUGUUCUUGAUCUCGAGCCCGACGCUUUGAGCUGGCAGCAGGCAUGCAGGCUUCAUCUCCUUGCGCAGGAUGUGCUGUCUGACGCGGGCCGUGCAAUGUCAUCAGAUACCCAG